CAACAGGAUGCAGAGAAGAUGAAGACUGGAGGAACCUGCUUGGUUAUGCCUGUUAAUUGGCCAGGGCUGGCUGCCUUUGGGACCCAGACAUUUUUCAAAUGAAUGGAGAAAUACGAUGGAUUUCAGAAAAGUCAAGGUGCUUGUUUGCCUUAUGGGGCUCAGCUGUGCCAGCUUAUGUUAUUUUUACAUGAAUUUGACUGGACUCUCUAUAUUCUACAGCAAAAAACAAAGUUGCACACUACAAACAUUUAGGAGAAUUGAAGGAAACUUCUUGCAUCUCCCAGAUAUAGAUUGCCAUAGGAACCCACCUUUCCUUGUCCUGCUUGUGACUUCGUCAUCUAAAGACGUUGAUGCCAGGAUGGUCAUCCGGCAAACAUGGGGGAAGGAGAGAAUGGUGGUUGGCAAGCGCCUGGUGACGUAUUUCCUCUUGGGGACCCCUGUGAAUGAUGGGCAGCAGGCUGACAUCAGUGCUGAAAGCCAAAAAUACAAAGACAUUAUUCAAAAGGAUUUUAUGGACACAUACUACAAUUUGACUUUAAAGACCAUGAUGGGAAUUGAAUGGGUUCACCAGUAUUGUAAUCAGUCCAGCUUUGUGAUGAAAACUGACACAGAUGUGUUUGUGAAUGUUUUUUACCUCACCGAGCUGCUUCUAAAGAAAAAGAGGACCACAGGCCUUUACACAGGCUUUCUAAAACUGCAUGAGCACCCCAUAAGGAAAAAUGAGAGCAAGUGGAAUGUGAGGAUAGAAGAAUACUCCGGUAAGACCUACCCACCAUUUUGUUCAGGGACUGGCUAUGUUUUAUCCACCGAUCUUGCUAGUCAGAUCUAUCAUGUUUCGGAGAGUGUUUCAUACAUCAAACUGGAAGAUGUGUUCAUAGGACUGUGCCUUGAUAAAUUAAAAAUUCAGCCAGAGGAGCUUCAUUCAGAACAGACAUUUUUUCCAGAAAAGAUUCCAUUCUCUGUUUCUCGCUUUAAGAAAAUCGUGACAUGCCAUAAAGUAAGCUUAUCCGAACAGCAGAGCUACUGGAAUCAGUUACUGACAGAAGAACAUGGGAGAGUGCUCUAGCACCUUCCCUGACUGAAUUAACAAACUGAAAUGCUUUGAAUUUACAGGGCUGCACUUGACUCCAGCAAAACACUCUAUUAUAAAUUCUAGAUCCAUCAUGUUGAAGACAUUUCUUAUGGUUUAGUCCCCAUUUCUGCCUCAGAGCAUUGUGACAUCUUUCUCUUCCAUUCACUUCUACCUCUUUCCAUCUCUUCUCUACAUAGGCAAGUUUUGUUGUUGUUGUUUUUGUUGUUUUUUUUUUUUUUUAUUAUUAUUAUUCCUGGAAGAUGCAGGCCCACAAGGCUCCCUUCUCCAUGGACUAGCUCUCAAAAUCAUGCUGCUACCAGAGAGGGAAUAUUUCUGCAGUGCAAAAACAAGCAAAGAAUAACAAGAUACUUUAAUUUACAGAAAAUAAUUGCACCCUCUUACAUGUCUCCCUUAAAACAUUACUGCAUGUGCUUCCAUCUGGGCAGGCAUUUAAGAAGAGUUGCUUGUAGCUGUCAAGAUGUUCCCCUCCUGGCAUAGGGAACUGUAGCCAUGUACUUUCAGUGAGCUCUGUGUGGGCAGAACUGUGUAGAGGCAGAGAUCUCCCAUUCAGUCUACACAGAUUUUCUUUCCGUGGUGGAAGAAUUUGCCCAUGAAGCACUCUUGGGACAGGUUUAGGUAUAGCAGGUUACUUUGUGAAUGUGUAAGGCUACUGUAUUAUUUCCUUAUGUGUACUUCCCAAUGGAAAUGAUUAGGUGAUAUGGCUGGAUCCAUAUCACAGAAUCAACCACAGCUUGGUUGAGGUUGGCAGCGAGCUCUGGAGAUCACUUGGCCUUACCCCUGCUCCCAUAGGGACAGCCAGGGCUGAGUUCCCAGGCCCAUGUCCAGGCAGCUUCUGAAGAUCUCCAAGGAGGAGACUCCACAGCCUCUCUGGGCAGCUUGUGCCAGUGCUCUGUCACCUGUACAUCACAGAAUCCCCCUUCAGCCUUUUCUUCUCCAGGCUGAACAGGCCCAGCUCUCUCAGCCUUUCCUUGUAGAAGCGAUGAUCCUGACCCUUUGUCAUCUCAGUGGUAUUACAAUGAACCUAGGAGAUAUGUUUAAUGUUUGUGCUUUGCUUUGAUGGAUUGGAACCUACUAUAAAUGGUUGAUCAAAGUUAAACUACAGUCCCUUACUGUAGGGAGAUAAACAGUACAUCUAAUUCAGAAAUUCUGAUACAGCAUUCUGUUACUUUGAUUUUGUUUAUUUUUCUUAUUUCUGUUCCUUUUAUUUAACAUAGGGACAGUUGUGUGUCCUUUUUCACUUACCUGUGCCUGAAAAGCAGGAUAAAUAUUUUCAGAAGGAACAUGCCCCAUCCUGAUAGAUGUUGAGAGUUAUAUUAUGUAUUCUGAUGUAAAGUAAACCAAAGUCAUGCGCUGCUUUUUGGCAACUGAUAAUGAAAUAUCUUUUAUUUAUUUAUUCAUUUAUUUAUUUAUCUUGGUAGAAGAAUAACAUGAUCUAUUUUAAGUCGCCCAUUCAGAAAAUAGCCACGUGUACAGCUUUAGCAGGGAUAUGUCUAAUCAGGUGGUUGGGUGGGUAGCAAAGGGGAUGUUUGCCUUCCCCCAGCACAUACAUCCAGGCUGAACAAACAGCAUCUCCAGUUUGCAGGUGUUGUCUGCCCUUGGACUCAAAACCCUGUUGUAGCACAUUUGCUUUUGUUCCUGCCUUCAGUAGGUGCAGAGGCUCAGACUGAACAAGCCUAACAGCAGCAUUUAAAUCACUAUUAUUUCCAUGUAACCUGUAGAAAUGUCAUUUUUCUUUGCUGUUCAUUGUAUGCAACUAUUGUACCCAAGGUGCCAACUUGCUAUUGUGCUACUGGAAUUACUGCAUUUAGUUCUGAGGCUCCCAGCAUAAGAAGGACAUGGACCUGUCCAGGGUGGUCUAGGAGAGGACACAGGGAUGUACCUCUCCUCUGAAGAAAGGUUGAUGGUGCUGUGCUUGUUCAGUCUGGAGAACAGGAAGCUUCAGAGAAACCUUAUAGUGGCCUUACAGUACCUACAGGGGUCCUACAGGGUCUGCAUCUGAGGGUAGACACCUUAUCAGGGAGCGUAGUGAUAGGACAAGGUGUAGCAGUUUUAAUACAAAAAAGGGGACAUUUAUAAUAGAUAUAAGGAAGAAAUUAUUUGCUACAAGUGUGAUGAGGCACCAGAACAGGCUGUCCAGAGAAGCUGCGGAUACCUCAUCCCUAGAGGUGAGGGAAUGGCCUCAACUUGUGCCAGGGGAGGUUCAGGUUGGAUAUUAGGAAAAGACUUGGAAAGAGUGGUGAGGCACUGGAACAAGCUGCCCAGGGAGGUAGUGAAGUCACCGUCCCUGGAGGUGUUCAAGAAAUGUUGAGAUGUGGCACUGAGAGACAUGGUUUAGUGGACAGUACUAGUGGUAAAUGGUAGAACUAAAUGAUCUUAGAGAUCUUUUCCAACCUUAAUGAUUCUGUCAUUCUAAGGCCAAUUUAAAGAAAAAUGUGAAGUAUAAACGAGUGCUUUCAGGUCUCUCUCAGUACCCAGACUUGUAGAGUAGAAGUGCACUUCAAUGUUCACCCUGGCCUCUGCUGAUACUCAAGUGAAAUACUCUUAGAGCCCCUCGUGCAUCUCUCAUCCCAUCUGUUCACUGCAGCAUGUGCUUCACUUCCACCUCCGUGCCUGGCACCAGCUUUAUCCCAGCUGUUAGGACCAGUCUAACCAAACUAUCCCAGAGAGCCUUUGACUAGGCAGAAAGCUGUUUGUUUACAUACAGAUGAGUUUGCUUGUUAUCUUCCACUUUGUGUUGAGAUUCAAGAGGCACCUGGCUCCUGGGAUGGUGCUGCUGCUGAUCUUCUGUCAGUCUGAGCUUGUGGCCAAAGGAUAAAGUCUUCCAUCAGGAGACAGCUUUGUGGGAUGUCUACUCUUAAAUACAUCUUACUUGAACAGAUUGUGGCCUUGUAUCAUCACAGAAACGUUACCUAUGAUGGUAGGCUCUGCUAGCUUUCUUGUCUGCAGGUUUUAUUUUAGUUCAGAAGCAUUCCUAACUAACUGGGGAAGAUGAUGCUAUUCUGUGUUAAUCACAUUUGCAGAAGCUACCCCUAUAUUUUCAGGGCUAAGUCCAUUGUUACUGUGCCAUUUGUUAUUAGGUCCUCAGGCGUGUUUGAACAAAACACCCCAUUCUGGAUGUUGCUUCCAAGGAGCAUAUUUGAAAUUUCUAUGAAACCUCUGGAAAAAUACCAAUAAAUUACUGCAUUUGUAAUAUUUUGUCCCCUCCAAAUAUAUAUUAUUAGGCAUUUAAUGGCGUAUCUAACUGAAACAUUUGCCUUGCCACCACUGAGUCUGCAUAAGGAGAAAAUCAGUGCAGAAUGAAAUGUUAUGGAUUUAGAUAGCUUGUUCCCCUUCUUAUUGCAAAUUAGUUUUCAAAGUGAAAGUGCUACACAUUAAUUUUCUCAACAUAUAAUUUGCUGCUAGCUCACAGAAACUGAUUUCAUAAUCCUUCCCAUUCAGUAUGUUGCUUCGAAUAAGAAUGUAAUAAAUAAAUAAUUAAGUAUACAGUAUGAUUCUGCUGUAAAAGGUGAUUUAAGAAAACUAACCGAUUGCACAUAAGGUACAUUUAUUUGUUUAUUCAAACACAGCCACCGAGCUUGUCAGUUUAUAUGUAUCAGCUAAAUGAAACUAGCUUUUGCUGCUGAGGCCAUGGAUCAUGGCUUUUAACACAGUCAAAACUCUUUAUUAUCCUUUUGCCAAAUUUUGUGUUUUCCUAUGAAAGGCUGUCAGGAAAAGAUUGGAAAUACAACUAAGCAAACAAAGCACUGCAGUGUACAUCUACUUAUCUCUCUUUAGGUCUUUAUAGAUUGAUAUAAAAGCUUAUAGAAAUUGAUAGCAGUUUAUCUGCACAAGCCUAGAAUUUUUUAUGUUUCUUGGGAAGGAAGAUCAUUGAAUCAAUGAAUAGAUUUGGAAAAUUACUCUGGAAACUUACUCCAGCUCUUCUCACUGAGGAACAAGGACUCCAGGAAUCAACAGAGCUGUCAGUGUCUUAGAGUUGAAUACUUCAACUCAGCAUACUUCAUAUUUCCAACAUGAGAUGGGUUUUGGAACACAGAAAAAUAAGCACUUUUUUUUUGCAAUUAUAAACAUUGGUUAACAUAACCUCAACAUAGUUUAGGAUUUUCUUAUACGUCCGUGAAAGAUAUCUGAUUCAGCGUUACUGAGGAGGUAUCGCCCUUCCUGUCUCUUUUGAGAAUACGGGAUAGAUUUUAGCCAUCAAACGUAUGUAUAUUUACAUAUGCCUUAUGUAAAAACUGAAUGGGAUACAAGGGCUAACCAUCUAUUGUGGAUCUGGUAGGGACAUUAUUCUUCUUGGAUGUGGGCAGGAUACUGGGAUAAUCGUAAUAAUAAUAAAAAUAAUGUGAUAAUGUUUGCAUUUUUGGCAUAGAACCUGAGAAUGUUGAUCUAACUAUUCAGUGUAUGAUAUUUUAAUAAACUAUUUUGUUACCAGAAA